AUGAGCCCUUUGUACAUCCCUGUCUGUCACAUGCAGGUUUCCAGAACCCUUCUGUACACCUUCCUGGAGAGAAAAUCGUUCCCCUCAAAGAUUACGAGACAUCCGCGGAUUGCCGAAGCUAUGGACUCCAUAAAUCCAGCUUGUGAGCUCCAAAAUUUACGAAAAGCGCAUGUGGAGAACCAAAGAACUAUCGAUGAAUUGAAGAAAAAGAUUGAAUAUCUGAGACAGACACUGGAGGACUAUAACGCAACACUAUCGCGAUGUCUAGUUGCACUUGGGCAGAACAAGAAGUAA